AUGGCGAAGACCUGGUGCGCGGGCUCGGGGGAGUGCCUGCGCACGCUGGAGGGCCACGGGGACCGCGUGUUCUCCGCGGCCUUCUCGCCGGACGGGCGGGAGGUGCUGACCGCCAUGGGCGACGGCAAGGCGAAGAUCUGGUGCGCCGGCUUCGAGGAGCGCCUGCGCACGCUGGAGGGCCACGGGGGCCACGUGAACUCCGCAGUGUUCUCGCCAGACGGGCGGCAGGUGGUCACCGCCGCUGGCGACGGCACGGCGAGAGUCUGGUGCGCUGUCUCCGGGGAGUGCCUGCGCACGCUGGACCACGGCAUGCACGUGAACGUGCUUUCCGCCGUGUUCUCGCCAGACGGACAGGAGGUGCUGACUGCUUCGACUGACGGCACGGCGAAGAUCUGGUGCGCGGGCUCUGGAGAGCGCUUGAGCACGCUGUUGGGCCGCCAGUCCGGCCAGAUGUCAGUGAAGUGCGCCGUCUUCUCGCCGGACGGGCAGGAGGUGCUGUCUGCCACCUCGGACGACGGCACGGCCAGGAUCUGGUCUCUGGGCUCGAGGGAGUGCGUGCUCACGCUGCGCUGCGUGCAUGCCGCCGCGUUCUCGCCGGCGUGA